AGCUUCAAAGUGUUUUCUUGUUAUAUGAAACGUUUAAAUGAUCAAAAGUGGCUAAGGUCACAUGAUUGCAAUUAUUGCAGAUGUAAACACGGGUCCAAAGUCUAGCCCAAAUGGCAGAAGAGAGAAGAGUGACCAUGAGUAACACGUUAACAUCAGGAUUUAUUCUCUGUUUUAUGGUCUUACUGUUUUCUACACCAACUGUCUUAAGUGAUGUGGAUGAGAAGCUGGGUGAGAAUUGGUGUGUCGUCACCAAGAGCCAGAGAGCCAUCGACAUUGUCACUGUUCCAUGUGUGGAGAAAAUCAAAGCAAGCUGUGGCUGGUUCAGUAUAUCCUACUGUACCAUGUACAGGAAAACCUACUGUAAAAAAGAAUUGAACACAACGAGAGUCCUUUACUACAAAAUGAAACAAUGCUGUGAAGGCUUUGUGAAGACACCCAACAACGCAUGCAUAAAUGAAACAACACUUGACCCUCAUUUGAGAAGUAUUAUAGACAAUACUACCGAUAAAGGCUUAGAUGAAUACUUCAUUGUUGAUCCAGAAGAUAGCAUUCCUCAUAAAGACUCUGUCCUACAACAGGAAUCGGUCAUCAUUCAUAAAACAGGGAGUAGGGGAUCUAGCAUCAACCUAUCUCAGGGGGCCUAUGCUGGAAUAGCAUGUGCUAUUAUGUUUCUCAUCGUAACAGCUGUAUUUGUUUUUAUUGCAGUACGAAAAAAGAGGCUUAGGACUAGACAGAAUAUGAAAAGCAGACAUAUGGCAGAUGGGGAGCUUGGGGAGAGGGUAACCUUUCAUACAACUCCCAUAGUAAAAACCACAAAAUCCAACAAAUCCGUAGAAUCUGAAGAGAUUGAGCGACUACAUCUUGCCACAGAGGACACAUGAGGACAAGAAGAUGUUAAAAAGCAUGAUUUUAACCUGUCAGAUAAACAAGUUUUUAGAUAAAUUUGUUUUCUUUAAAAAAUAAAUGUUCAAUUGUUAUGUCUUUCAUUAACUGUUUUACAGGAGUUAACUGUUCAUUCCAUUUCAAGUGUUCUUGUUAUUUCAAAAACAUUUUUUAUUGCUAAAUUUUGCAUCUAGAUAUGUUUUUAUUUUUAGAUGGGCCUGAAAGCCUUAAAACAUUUGUUAGAUGUUAUAUGUACAGACACAUGUACUAGGUAUGCUAAAAUUAUUGUCUAAGAGGAUCUAGAAUUUGAAUAGGAUUGCAUUACUGUUGAUAAAUAUGAUUGUAUUUUCUAUAGAACAAUACAACUACAGUAUCUAAAUUGAUAUACAGUGAAAACUGCCUAAUCCAACACCUGUGCAAUCCAUUUUACACUGAGCAUUCUGACCCUUGCUUUCAGUUUUCAUUGGUUCUUACACUGUGUUCCAACACGCUGUAUUCCGACGUAAAAAUUAUUUCCCAGUGCAUGUUAGAUUUGAUAGUUUUCACAGUACAAUCAUUGUCAGAGAAUGAAGAUUCAAAUAGUUCCGAAUGAUUCUUUAGGCCAGAAUGAAGAUUCAUUAAAAAAUGUAAGAUUUUACUAGGAUUAGAUAAGAUAUUGGGAAGUGUAUGAAUUAGAAUACAGAAAAUUAACUAGAUCUUCAAAAUUUGUUCUUUUGAACAUGUGGUUACAAAUUAUUAAAUAAUUUUACAUGCAGAUAUGCAGCUGUUUAGAAGAAGUUUUUUUUUUUUGUUUUUUUUUUACUCUGACAGAAAGAGAAGGUUUAUAUGUUGCUAGCAUCAGUUCUUAGUUUUAUGAUUUUGUCCAGUCAUGGUCCUUUGCUUCUUGUAAGGUCACAAUGGAUGACUUUUAGAUUCUUUAGUCCAUAACAACAAGGCAAUUUAAGUGAGAAUUCUCAUUCAUGGGCAUUUGUUGUUAAAUGAGCUGAAUAUCUAUUUCACAUGACUGUUAAUGAUGAAAGGUGCUAAUGCAUAUACUAUUAUAAACUGAAUAUAAGUGUCGGUGUGUAUUAACACCAAUAGGCAGUGACUUAUUGUAUUGUAUGUAUGUUUGUAAAAAGAUGGACAUUGUGUUGUUCUAUUGUCUGCUCUGUGUAUAUAUUCCAUUUGUGUGAGAAAUGUGUACUAGGUAGUGGGGUUUACAUACAUGUAGUUUUAUUUUUGUGAACAAUGGCAUUUAAAACUUCUCCUCACCAUGCCUGUACAAAAGUUACUUUGAUGUUCCUUCAAAAAUAUUCUCACUUUAUGGAGUGAUCUGAACUCCACUUGAAUUGGACAAAAUCAUAUUUUUAAAUCAGUUUUACUGUAUUCUAUGUCUUCAUGAAGAUUUUUCUCCCAUGUGAACAAUUAAGACUGUUAAGAUCCUUAAGUGAGGAGUUUGAAAUUUUGUUGAAGAGAAUUAUGAAGUAAAAGGUUACAAUGUAAAAUGGGAUCCCUGUUUUGGUGUAUGAAUGUGUCAGAGUUAUCCUUCAUAUUAAUUGUGCAUUUAUCCGAUUUCUUGUGGAGAUCCACAUUAACUUGGGCUGUGGCAGUCUCUUACAGUGAAUUUAAAACGCAGAAUUUGGAUUCAAGUUCUGUCAUCAAUAAGAAUUGUCAAUGCAAUCUUGUAAAUAGAGUGAUUUAUUUAUAUUGCUAUGGAGUGUAUUAAUAUUAUAUGUUUGGAAGUGAACCCACUCAGCUGUACCAUUAGUAUCUAUUUUCAUUCUUUUUCAUUUUGACACCUAAAUGUAAUAAAAAAAAAAAAGAAAAGAACUUUACUGCAGAAGCCCCCCUCCAUUUUGUUUUGUUAAGGUCAUAAAGGAUACCAAAGAUUUUGGAUGUAUCAUACGAAGUAGGAUUAUGCGGUGUUUACGUGGCAUUCUCUAUUAUUUGAUCAGAGGACAAUGAAAAGCGGUCAUUGAUACACAAAAUGCACCAAUGAAAUGAUGUUUUUUAUUUGUGUUUUCAAGAUUUCAAUUUAUUGCAUAAUGUAUUUCCAUUGAAUUUUCAAGAUUUGUGAAUAAUGCAAAGAUAAAGGUGGUUUCAUAGGAAAAACAUUUACAAAUAAUUUUUCAAAAUUCUGUAACCAUAUUAUGAAACUUUAUUUACUGUCCCAUGAAGUACAUGAUUUUGACCAGUAAACUGCAGUGCAGGUCUUACUGAAUGAGUCUUGACCUUUACGCAUGUAGAAUACUUGGGAUAUAAGUUAGAUUUGUUUUGUUUUACUUAUUUGUACUGCAAACACUUACUGCAGAAAUGUCCUGCAAGUCAUAUAUUUACUUCGUUUAGGGGUGGUCUUUGAACAUAUGUCACAAUACACUAUAACAGUAAAGCACGAUUAUAACAAACCUCCAGGCCCAGCAAAACAACAUCUAGUUCGUUAUAACCAAACUUCGUUAUAUCCAGUAAAUUUUUUUUAUAUUUUCUUCUCAUAUAGGAAUGAAUAUCUCUUCACAAUAAGUGUGAAUUCAGUAUAAGCAUGUUCAUUAUAAGCGUGAAUUCAGUAUAAGCAUGUUCAUUUUAAGUGCGAAUUCGGUGUACAUGUAAGUUUUUUACUGUCUCUCCAUUUGCACACAUGAAACCAUUGUAUUAUAAUCAUUUUCUGUCGAUGAUCAGAAUUGUUUCCAUGCAGACCAUAUUAAGCAGAAAAUUCCUCGGCACGUGAAUACCUCAAGUGAACAUGUUCAAUUUCAAAAUAAGUAUUAUGUGAUUAAUGCUGUGAUAUAACAUUAAGAUAUCGGUUCCUCUUUCAAAUCUCAUUGUCAUGCUGUGAUUUUAUCAGUAAUGGAUCUGAUCAUUGUUUGUUGUUUGGUGUUUUUUUUUUUGGUUUGUUUUUUUUUGUUUAGUACUGUGUUAAGCACUUUUUUGAUGGUCUCAAAACUCCCAUUAACUACUGGCAUGGUAAAAUUACAUGUAAUAGAUGUAAAGCCUUCAUGUCUAAUACUGGAAGUAUGAUGUAAUGAUUUUAAUAAAACUAAUAGAUACA